GAUAAAAUGAAGGGUGUACAAAGAUAUGUAAAAACAGGUACAGAUUACAUCUUGAAGCCUUACCGAUAUGUCAGGGAUAAGUUCAGAGAAUACUUCAGAUUGUAUACAGCGCCUGGAACACGACUCCAUCCUCUCGCAGUUUAUAUGGGAGAUAAAUUUCGUAAUCUUAAGAGAAGAUACAAAGAUGAUGAAGAUAUUAAAUGGUUUAAUAGAGGGAAAGAAUAUCUCCCAGAGCUUAAGGAAACCUUCAGGGUUUGAAAUUCAUUAGAAAUUAGAGAUCUUCUUUUUCGAAGUCAUUUUGCCCAAGUGGUCAAUUCAGGCUCAGCAUAUGGUCAAACCUUAAAAUUUUGUGAGAGAACUAAAUCAAGUCUGAAUGUUCGGUUUCAUAACGCGCUUGAAAAUCCAUCAUUUGCGAUGUUACUGGAUCGAUUAUAUAUCUAUUCAGCACCUUCGACAACUGAAGUAAACGAGUACGGGAAACCUAUUCAUGAGAAAUGGACACUUCAUAGAAUGAUAUCAGAGAUAAGAGGAGUCACUACCUUUCUGUCGACUGAUGAAAGAGUAUUUCUCCUUUCCUUAUUCUCCAUAUUUGUGUUCUAUGUUAUGAUGGGUUUGAUUAAUUACAUGCAAGUUGGAGAUGAAAAUGAUUUUAUGAAUCUCACAAGAGAUUUACAGUAUUUGAAUUUACAAAAAGAAGUAAUUGAGUUGAAAAAGCUACAUUUACAACUUGCAAAAUUAAUACACGAAUAUGCAACUUCCUAAUCCUCGUUUAAUUUUCAA